AUGGAUUAUAAUGUAUUUGUUCCAGAAUCAACAACUUUUGGCUACGACAAAGCAGAGCCAACUGCUUCAUUCUGCGACUCAGUGACAGAAUAUUUAAGAAAUCUGUUUGCUAUGAACAAAGCGAGUAAGAUAUUUUCAAAAGAACGAAAUUCCCGAAUGGAUCACGACGGUAUUUACACGCUAACUUCAGAAGCAGAUACAGAGAAUUCCACUAUGGGUAAUCUGUUUGAUGAUGCAACCAUAAAAUCUUAUACCGAAACAAUAGCAGAUUAUUUAGAAUUAGUUACUGCAUACGAAGAUGAAUAUGAAAACUCAGAUGCGAAAAUGAGAGGAUCAUUACGUGAGGUCGUCAAUGAAUUGACAAAUAGAACAUUUAGCUCCAAGUUAAACCAGGCAGAGAAUGAAGAUAUAAUGAAUCAGGCUGUAAACAUAAUGAAUUCUCCACCUAGCAAUCACAGCGAAUUCGUAUUCAAGCUCGCUGUGUAUGGAUACGCAUUCCACAAAUUAUUAGAAACUUACGAGGAGCAAUUUGACUCCAUUAACAUCGAAAUCGAGGAUGAUGCAUCUACAGAAUUACCUGAAGAUGACUCAUCCGAUCCAAAUUCAUCCUUAGAAAAUGUAAGUUCUGAUAGGAAAGCAAGGAAUGGCAAUGCAGUAAGAAAAAGAGAAAAGAGAAAUGGUCGCAAGAAAAAUCUAUUACUAUCCGAUUUAUUACAUAUCAAUGACCCGGUCCGAAUGCCAUGGAUCCGAUUGAUCAUAAACAAUCUACUGAGUGAGAGGCAACGUCUGUUCAAAAACAAAAACUUGAAAGGUAAAGAAGCAACAAAGAAUCGUAGAACAAACACAAAACAUAAUCGUUCCGAGUCAAUAAAUUCAGAACAUGCAGACGACCCUCACGUUGAGGACGGCUUGAUCUUUUCAAAGAACAUUAUAAGCAAAACGUUAUCGAAACGAUAUCCAGUCAAUAAUAAAAAUAAUGGACUGGGUGCAAAUCGCAUAUUUUCUGACCUCUUAAGUGUAAGAGAUGCUGUAGGGAUGCCGUGGAUGAGAAUAAUCGUAGAUGAUAUUAAGGGAGACAGAGGCAACGUAUUAGGAAACAUCACUAAUAAACAGAUGCGUAAUAUGCUAUUAAGAGAACACAUAAUGUAUGAAGGAAUACCUUUGGACAGUAGACCCUCUAUACCAAAGGUACCAUAUUCCAAAAGAACUUUAUUCGCUGUCAACACCGUCAACGAGAUACUUGCUGAGCAUAUGUCGAUGGGUAUAACUCUAGAAGAGAUAUGUCAUUGGAUAUACGUAGGGGCCCGAACUGUCUCGAUGGAGCUAGUGGUGAGCUCUUAUUCUAACAUGAGCGUAAAUAAUGAGAUGCAUUAUUUGAAAAAAAAUAUGAAUGAAACGAAUAGUUCGAAAAAUUGGUCUAAGAAAAAGUGCAUGAAACUGGCCACAGAUGUUUCCAUUAAAGACGUGAUAAGUAAUGUGAGCCGUAACAGAUCAGUAUGGUCGCUAUUAGGAAGGAGGUGGUUCCUUAAUCCACAAAAUUUUACAAAAAAGCCCAAAAUACAAAGUCUGGCGAUCUCUUCCACAGAAAUUUAUGAUGGAAUGUCUGAUCAAGAUAAUAUCAAAAAAUUAAAUGUUACCUCAAAUUUUCGGAGUUUUAAGAAAUACAAUCAUACGAAGCCUCUGAAAAAUACCAAGAAGUUACCGGUAUCUAAUAGAAGUCCCCUUUCCACUGCAACUGCUAUUAAAAAUAAUACACGUAGAAGACCAACAAAAAGAGGAGGAUUUAGAAAACCGAAUCAUACGAAGGUUCCAACAAUGACUAAGAAUUUACCAAUUAAAUCUACCCGCCCCUACUCCACUUCAGUGACUGUAACUAAAGAAGAAUCAAGAAAACCCUAUAAAGGUGGAUAA